GACAAGCGGCUGGAGAAGAUGGUCAAUGGUUGCCAGACAAAAGCCAUCCUGGACUACCUGCGGGCUGGGGGCCGCGGGAAGGGAAAGGCUGAGAGCACCAGAGAGGAGGCCAGGAAGAAGAAGAGGGAGAAGCAGCAGAAGAAGGACAGUGGGGAUGGGGAGCAGGAUGAGGUGGAAGAGGCGAGCAAGCUGCUGGUGAAGGUUCUGCACGUCUCCGAAAACCCGGCACCCUUGGUGGUCAAAGUGAGCCCGGGUAUCAAAGAUGUUCGACCCUUCAUCGUGUGCUGCGUGCUGAAAGGAGUGAACUUAAAGCCAGGAAAUGCUCUGAAGAGGUUCCUGUCCGCACAGACUAAACUGCAUGAAGACAUCUGUGAAAAGCGGACAGUGGCCACCAUUGCCACCCAUGACCUGCAGCUGAUCAAAGCUCCUCUGAUGUAUGAUGUUCAGCCUCCUGACACACUGAAGAUAACACCCCUGGGUCGAAAGGAGAUCAAGGCAAAGGAUCUUCUCCGCCAGCUGCAGUUAGAAGCUGAGGAGCAGAGGAAGCAGAAGAAGCGUCAGAAUGUCUCUGGACUGCACAGGUAUCUCCAGUUACUGGAUGGCAAAGACAACUACCCAUGUCUGGUGGAUGCUGAGGGCGUCGUGAUUUCUUUCCCACCCAUAACCAACAGCGAGAAGACAAAGAUCAGGAAAGACACCCGUGAUCUAUUCCUGGAGGUGACAAGUGAUACCAGUUUACAGAUAUGCAAAGAUGUCAUGGACACACUAAUUCUGAAAAUUGCAGAACUGAACAGAUCUGCCUUGGAAAACAAGGAAGACUCAGGCUCGGAUAAUGAAUCUGAUGCUCUUUGUGGACCAGCAGCUUUGAACCCCAGCCAAAACACUCAGCCGAUGGUUGUGGAGCAGGUUCGAGUGGUGGACACAGAUGGAAACUUGAAAGUACUUUAUCCUUCAAAAACUGACCUAAGCACAGUUUCUUCUCUCCUGACUGUAAUACGUUAG